AUGGAUGUCCCAAUUAUGACCACUCUGUCUCUGAUUCUGCUUGUUACUGUUAUGGAUCCGACAGGCUUGGUUCUAUCAAUGCCCUCUUCCGGCAACAACCCGGCCGGUCGGUCCAUCGAAGGCCUCCGUCACAUCAAGCACUACCUCGAAAGAUUCGGGUACCUCAGUCACACGAACAGUCGUCACAACAACACCACUAAUGUCGAUGACCACGACCACAACCACGAUGAGGAUGUGUUCGACGACAUUCUAGUGUCAGCAAUCAAGAAAUUCCAGCUCAAUUACGGCCUCCCGGUCACCGGAGAGCCCGACAUUCGCACGACGAAUCAAAUGUCGAAGCCAAGGUGCGGCGUCCCGGACAAUGAUGCCCAUAACAACUUCACGGCUAAUGGGUACCACACGGAUUACAAGUUAAUGCCCGGAAGAAUGAGGUGGCACAAGACAAAGCUGAGGUACAAAUUCCUGUCUAGCAGUCUAUUUCCUGAAGUGAACUACAGAGGCGCGGUUUAUCGAGCCCUUAGGACGUGGGGACGCGCGACGGAAUUCAGAUUCAAGAAGCAAGGCUCUGCAUCGGCGGCCGAGCUGAAGAUCGGGUUCUUUUCCGGCAAGCACGGCGACGGAAUACCUUUUGAUGGUCCCGGGAAAGUUUUGGGGCAUACUUUCUCGCCGCCGGUGGGGAUCACACAUUUCGAUGCGGAUGAGCCCUGGACGUGCAGUGGCCGGCCGGGGCCGGAGCGGCUCGAUCUGGAGUCCGUGGCGCUCCACGAGCUUGGUCAUGCUUUGGGGCUGGAUCAUAGCUCCGAUGAGAGAGCGGUUAUGUACCCUUACUUCAGUUAUGGACUGACUAAGAGGAAGUUGUAUAGGGAUGACAUCGAAGGAAUCCGCACCCUUUACGGACUUCCUUGA